CGCUUUAUGGGAGAUAAUUUUCAGAUAAUGAGAUAAUUUCCUCGGGGUGUUGACAACCAUCGGCCUGUGGAUUCAACACACGUAGCAAAUACGCUAUUAAAACUUUCCACGCUGCCUGGGUUAAAAAAAAAAAUCCACAACCUGUAAUUACUGCAGGCGGACACGUUUAUUCUGCAUCCAUCAAGCUAUUUAAAGUAAAUGAAGGUAAAUCUUCCUCAGCCUACAAUCCUCCUCACACACGGUUGAGCCAAUGGCAGGACGCAUGGGGCUGCUGCUUUAGACCAAUGACAAAGUAGUCUGAGUACGCACUCCGCUGGAAGACGACGACCAUGGACUGGAGUAGUAGUGUCCUUUUCGGUGGAACAAACUUUUAGUUUCGAUCCGGGCAAACACGGAGUGAGGUGGGGGAGCUGCUCUGAGCAGUCAUGGGGGAGAUUGAGGGUUCAUACCGGGUCCUGCAGACCCCUGGCAUAAGGCUGGGAGCCCAGUUCAACCCCGGAAUCAGCACCUUGGAGCCGGGCCAGAGCCUCAGUGGCAACAUGGUCGGCGGGAGCAGAAGCCACGGUCGAGGAGGAGUACAGAUCCGUGUGCAGGGGCUGGACGACUCCCAGGAGUUCUUUGAUAUUGACCCGAAAGCGAUUGGACAGAUCCUCCUCUCUGAGGUUUUCGUGAGAGGCAACCUCAUAGAGAGUGAUUACUUUGGCCUGGAGUUCCAGAACAUGCAGAUGAACUGGGUUUGGCUGGAACCCACAAAACUCAUUAUGAGACAAGUCAGACGACCAGCGAAUACGCUCUUUAGACUGUCAGUGAAAUUCUUUCCUCCAGACCCCGGUCAGCUGCAGGAGGAGUACACGAGGUACUUGUUUUCGCUGCAGAUGAAAAGAGAUCUGAUGGACGGCAGGUUGAUCUGCACAGAAAACACAGGCGCCCUGCUGGCCUCACACCUCGUCCAGUCGGAGAUUGGCGACUAUGAUGACGUGGCCGACAGGGACUUCCUGAGGAUGACCAAGCUGUUGCCUUACCAAGAGAAGGUGCAAGAGAGGAUCAUGGAGCUCCACCGCAGGCACCUGGGCCAGACUCCAGCCGAAUCAGAUUUCCAGAUCCUGGAGAUUGCCCGUAAACUGGAGAUGUACGGCGUCCGCUUCCACCCAGCAGCCGAUCGGGAAGGCACCAAAAUCAAUCUGGCUGUUGCUCACAUGGGCCUUCAGGUUUUUCAGGGCACCACAAAAAUAAAUACCUUCAACUGGUCCAAGAUCCGCAAACUGAGCUUCAAGAGGAAACGGUUCCUGAUCAAGCUCCACCCAGAGGUUCAUGGCCCCCAUCAAGACACUCUUGAGUUUAUGAUGGCCAGUCGAGACCAAUGUAAAAUCUUCUGGAAGAUCUGUGUGGAGUACCACUCAUUUUUCCGUUUGUUUGACCAACCCCAGCCAAAAUCCAAAGCUAUCCUCUUCACCAGAGGCUCUUCCUUCAGAUACAGUGGGAGGACCCAGAAGCAACUUGUGGACUACGUCAGGGAAAAUGGAGCAAAGAGAACUCCAUACCAGAGGAGGAACAGUAAAAUACGAAUGUCUGCUCGCUCCCUCGCCACAGAUGUGCCAAAACAGAGCUUGUCAUUCAAUGACAGUCUCAGGGCCCCAGGCUCCCCUUCCUCCGCUUCUGUGUCCUUCUUCCCAGCGCACAUCUCCAGCGUCCUCCCACGGACUGAACUCCAGCCUCAGCCACAGCCUUUGCCCGCACUGAGCCGGUCUCCAGCAGCGCCUCCCCAGCAGCAGCAGCUUCAGUCCCCUCCACAAGCCACCAGACCCCCCAGCCCUCCGAAGGAAGAACCUGUCAAGGCCGCUUCCCCAUCUCACUUCGCUUUUCAAGACUCGGUCGUGGACAGCCCUCAGCUCUCGCCCCUCACUUCCAAAGGUCCCCUCUGCCUGUCCCCCUCCUUCCAGAUGUCGACCCUCAGUCUGCCAGGCCAGGCCCCGUCGCCACUGCAGAGCCCCAUCCUGAGCGAGGUGGGCAGCAAUGCCAGGCUAGAGGAGGAGGAGGAGGGCAGGAGGAAGCGAUAUCCCACCGAUAAGGCCUACUUCAUUGCCAAAGAGAUUCUGACCACAGAGCGAACGUACCUGAAAGACCUCGAGGUCAUCACUGUGUGGUUCCGCAGUGCUGUGAUCAAAGAAAACGCCAUGCCAGAAGGCCUGAUGACCCUCCUGUUCUCCAACAUCGACCCCAUCUAUGAGUUCCACCGAGGCUUCCUGAAGGAGUUGGACCAGAGGCUGGCUCUCUGGGAGGGACGCUCCAAUGCUCACGUCAAAGGGGACUAUCAGAGGAUCGGUGAUGUGAUGCUGAGGAACAUGUGCUCUCUUAAGGAAUUCACCAGCUUCCUGCAGAAACACGACGAGGUGUUGACAGAGCUGGAGAAAGCCACCAAGAGGCUGAAGAAGCUGGAGACGGUCUACAAAGAGUUUGAGCUGCAGAAAGUCUGCUACUUACCCCUCAACACAUUCCUGCUCAAGCCCAUCCAGCGCCUCAUGCACUACAAACUCAUCCUGGAGAGACUGUGCAAGCAUUACUCUCCCUCCCACCGUGAUCAUGACGACUGCAAGGAGGCUCUGAAGGAAGUGGCUGAGAUCGCCACUCAGCUGCAGAGCAGUCUCAUCCGGUUGGAGAACUUCCAGAAGCUGACCGAGCUGCAGAGAGACCUGAUUGGCAUCGAGAACUUGACAGCACCGGGCAGGGAGUUCAUUCGAGAGGGAUGUCUGUACAAGCUCACCAAGAAAGGACUGCAGCAAAGGAUGUUUUUCCUGUUCUCAGACAUGCUCCUCUACACGAGCAAAGGUGUUACAGCGACCAAUCAGUUCAAAGUGCAUGGCCAGCUGCCCCUUCAUGGCAUGAUUCUCAUAGUGCUGGAUGCACCGGUUGAGGAAAGUGAGAAUGAGUGGUCGGUGCCUCACUGCUUCACCAUCUACUCUGCUCAGAGGACCAUUGUCGUGGCUGCCAGCUCUAAAGUUGAGAUGGGGAAGUGGAUUGAGGAUCUGAACAUGGCUAUCGACAUGGCCAAGAAGUCGCAGGAGAAAUCCAGCAUCUUUCUCGACGCUGGGCUCGGCGAUCACUCCAACCGGUCAUCUGAUGAGGUUUCUCUGGAGCAGGAGUCGGAGGAUGACAUGAACUCCUCCCGAACUUCACUGGACAAGCAGACGCACCACCGUGCCAACACCACCAUGCAUGUGUGCUGGCACCGCAACACCAGUGUGUCUAUGUCAGAUCACAGCCAGGCUGUGGAGAACCAGCUCUCAGGUUACCUCCUGAGGAAGUUCAAGAACAGUAAUGGCUGGCAGAAACUCUGGGUCGUCUUCACCAACUUCUGCUUGUUCUUCUACAAGACUCACCAGGAUGACUUCCCGCUGGCGAGCCUCCCACUGCUCGGCUACACAGUCAGCACCCCCGAAGAAUCAGACAGCAUUCACAAGGAGUACGUCUUCAAACUGCAGUUCAAGUCCCACGUUUACUUUUUCCGCGCAGAAAGCGAGUACACCUUCGAAAGAUGGAUGGAGGUGAUCAAGAGUGCAGCCAGCACGGCGGGCCGGAUGAGCCUGCUCAUACCCAAAGGAGGUCCCAUGGAGAUAAACGGAAACUAAGUCGAACAUCAUGUGUCUGGAGGCUGGGCCUCUGGGACGUCACAAAGACUGUCCACUCUCGUUCUUGGUGUAAUUUUUUUAUGUGAAGGGAAGACGAUAACAACUGCAGACUGAAAGAUACUGCCAGUUGAAGUGUUAACAUUUCUCAGCCUAAAGAUUUAAUUCUAACGAUCUGUGCAUUUUUCUUGAUUAAUGAUGUAAAUGAUAACAUUUGUUCCCAGGAUAUAAUGAAAGGGAGACGUGUACAUUUUGAUCAGUUUUUGCAUGUGUGGCGCUCGAUGGGGCCGUUCACAUGGACUGAUGGGAAAUACUGUUAUAAUGGGACCAACACAAAGGGCUUUAAUUCGGGCCCUGUAAAGGAAUUUCCUCCUGAAGGGUACGUUCGGUAUUUUUCAACCUGGAUCCUUUUGUCCUCAUGUGUUUGUGUCUAAGUGACGAAUGAGAACGACUAUUUUUGAAGCUGGUCCAGUUUUGCGUGAGAGUGCUGCAGCCAGGCUGCGAUGUAACCACUCUGGACAUGUUCACACGUCAAAUUACUUUGACUAAACUGUUUUGUUUUUGCCACUGACAGGCUCAGAUUGUCAUUAUAAAUGACUGACUCUUUAUAGAAAGGAUCCCUACAGAGAUAGACCUCUCUGCUAAAGAGGAAGAUCCUUUUUGUUUAACCAGAAACAGUCCCAACAUCGUCAUCGCCAAACGCACUAGACUCCAUUUAAAUAAACAGUAAUUUUAGCGUGUACAGAGCCAGCAUGUUCUAACUUCUAACUGGGUAAAGUAAGGGUUUAUUUCAACCAAACCAGAGCUGAUGAUUGUUGGAACAGUGUUAAGAUGAAGCACGACGGCUUUUGUGUAUUUUAUUUUGUUUCUAUCAACUUUGAAUUAAGUGUUAUUUUCAAUCCUAAAAUUACUGUUUAUUUAAAUGGAGUCUGGUGGGCAUGGCUAUGGCGAUUUUGGGGCUGUUUCUGGUUAAACCAGAAGGCUCUUACUCUAACAAAAGGUCUAUCUUUGUCGGGAUCCUUUCCAUAAUGUUGUCAGACACUCUGAAUAAUAAUCUGAGCCUGUCAGAGGCAAAAACAAACACUUUAACUGGACAGAAAUUGAUGGUGAACAUGCACCAAGUGGUUAAAUCACAGCCCGUUUUGCUGCUGCCAGCUGCAGCGCUCUCUCUCAAUACUGGACUAGUUAAAAAAAAACUUUUGUCUCUUAGUCACCCAGACUCAAAAACAUAGGAAAAUAGUGUCCAGGUUGAAAAACACCAAAGUUACCCUUUAAGUACAUGACGACUGAAGCUUUGUUUGGUACAGCUCUGCUACGACCGGGACACAGGUGAUAUACAGUAUGUGGGAAAUGAAGGUACAGGAUCGUAUGUGCUCUGUGCAUUGUAAGAGUCAGAUGUGUGUGUGGGAGAUGGAGGCGAGCAGAAGGUUUACAGGAUGUUGAAACAAGUUUACGAGGAGAAGACGCAUGGGAAGCUUCGAGCAAUUUAGCAACGUUGCUAAAGGUUUUCAGAAUACAUUUUUUCAUAUAAGCAGUAUUUAUUUCUAUCUGAGGCUUUAUUUUCCUGUGAAUUGAAGGACGUUUCAAAUGUUCAAAAGGGAGCUGUUCUGCUUAACUCUCCUGAUUAGUCAUAGGCAGCGUUAUGGCCAGUUUGGUGCUACAUUUCUCUCUUUUAAUAUCAAAUGUAAUCAAAUGUAUCCUGUUUUUAUUUUUGCAUAUAGGGAUAACAACCUGAGGAAAAAAUGUGCAGUGGUUACUCUCGUGUUUACUGUGUGUACAAGUUGCAGAUUUUCCUCCUAAAAAUGAAAAACAAGAAGAACAUAUUUUGAAGUAAUCGUACUCGGUGAUGAUGUCGUGCUGUGUCGGACUGUGUUAGACGAAUGGGAGCUGACUUAUGGGAGACACCAGUGACGCUUAUUGUCAAUUAUUUAGUGCGCUACAAGCAACCGUGGUAGUAUUUGGUAUAUUUUUUUGUAUGAAGACUGGAAUCUUUACCCUUCUGUGUGUGUUUGUGUGUGUGUGUGGUUGCGUGUGUGGAGAAGCCACUGGAGCUGUUAACGUAAGGUGAUGAUAGAGGUCAUCUCCAAAACCAUCUGACAUUCUGUGUGUGUAAGAGACUCACUGUUGCACAGUUAACAUACAGUAUGUUACUCCUAUUUAUUGUUUAGCAGCAUGUCAUCAGGGCCGUGCUCCUGGAUGCCCUCAUGUAGUCCUCAUGUUAUUCCUUUGAAAAUCUAACAAAUAAAAGAUCUUUUCAAUCACA